UUAAUUAAAGCCAUUCGUCGCGAACUAUCAGUCGACAGUUCGCGCAGAGGAUGAGCCGUGAUCGGACGUGAAAAUCGUGCUUGAGGAAAAGCCUGGUGGUUUAGAUAUUAGUAUUUGUUUUCGGUUUUUUAGUUCGGAUCAGGAUGACGGUUGCAAGUGCACCGAAGGCACUCCUGAAGGCCACCCCAUUCAAUGACAAUCUGGUCAAGAUGAAGGAAAUUAUCAGUGACGCCAAUAAUAACGAUGCCGCGAUGAAUGAUGAUAAAAGUGUUAGCGACAAGGAUCUCGAUCGGUACAUAAGCCAUUAUCAGGAAUGGAAGCAGUCCGAGUCCGGAAAAUGGAUGCAAACUCAAGUGGAACGUAUUCUCGGGCUGAAGUUCGAUAAUGAAAUCAAGUGGAAGAAUGUGGCCAUGAUCGGUGGAUUGCAUCUCAUUACGAUUGCGCUGUUCUUUGUUUACGUCUGGGACUCAACCAUUGUCACGUGGGUUUGGGGAUUCAUCGUUGGAGGUUGCGCCGGUUUUGGCGUAACCGGAGGAGCUCACCGUCUGUGGACACACCGGGCGUACAAAGCGAAGCUCCCUCUGCGCAUCAUCCUGAUGUGUUGCUACUGCAUGGCUGGUCAGAACAGUCUGUACGAUUGGGUCCGGGAUCACCGAAUCCAUCACAAGUACUCCGAAACCGAUGCCGACCCGCACAACUCGAACCGGGGCUUCUUCUUCGCCCACGUAGGUUGGCUGAUGCUCAGGAAGCACCCGGAGUGUAUCAAAAAGGGCCGUUUGAUCGACAUGAGCGACGUGCUGGCCGAUCCGGUCAUCCAAUUUCACGAGAAGUACUUCGUGCCGUUGAAGAUUCUGUUUACAUUCGUCAUUCCAUCGAUGAUCCCGUGGUACUUCUUCAACGAAGACUUUGUUCUGUCGUUCUUGGCGAACUGUCUUCUAAGAAAUACCUUGACAUUGAACUUUACCUGGCUGGUGAACAGUGCCGCACACAUAUAUGGCAAUCGGCCGUUCGACAAACGCAUCCAACCGGUGGAGAACAAAGUAGUGUCCAUUGUCGCUCUUGGCGAAGGUUGGCACAACUAUCAUCACGUAUUUCCGUGGGACUACAAGGCGGCUGAGCUGGGCAACUAUUCGACCAAUUUGACCACGUUCUGGUUGGAUUUGUUUGCAAAGAUUGGCUGGGCGUACGAUAUGAAAGAACCGUCCAAGGAUCUGGUGCGAAGGAUGAUUGACAAAUAUGGUGACGGAACGUACAUCACAACUCCAAUCGCUCAGCUGAAGGAAGCCUCGGAACCCGAAACGCCAAAGACUCAAUAAAAAGCAGAAU